UUAGCAGCUGGGUGGGGGCAGCCUAGUGUGUCCCAGCAACACCCAGAAGGUCCGCGAACGGUAAUUGAGAGCGGAGCGACGUCUCAGCUCACCUCGUGGUCAGCAUUAAGCGACGUAGACGGUGUCUAAUCAUCACGUUGUACCCCUUAAACGUACACGGGGGCAUAUAUCAAUCUCCAUAAAAAGGGAAAAAGAAAAGGUCCGUGUGGUGCGCAGAAUGAGGAAAGGAAGACCAGUGGGAGAGGAUCUAAUGCUCUGCAGGCCAUGGAAAGGGUUUUGGGCUUUUACCGCCGGCGGCAUAGGGAACCAUUAGAGGGUUUGAGCAGAGACAUGGUCUGAGCUGUGCUGUGAGACACUGGCUUCUCUGCUGACAGUAGACUAGGAGCUGGAGUGGAAGCAGGGAGCCAUGUCAGGGGUUCUUAGGAUAACCCAGGCAGGAAGUGUUGAUCACUGGGAUCAGGCUGUGGCUGUGGCAGGGGCACGAGGGGGAGAGAUUCUGAGUUUAGAAAGGAAGUGGCGGUGCGAUGGGAGAGAAAGCAGACUGGGGGAUGAUGCAAGAUUUCUGGUCUGGUUUGGGCCUAGAGUAUCCAUCAACCAAGAUACUCUGCUGUGGAAAAGGCAGGUUUGGGAGGGGAGUUCGACCCCCGUUAGCCUUCCAAGCAGAGGUGCUGGUUGGGCGGUUCAGUAAAUGAGCGAGGAAUUCAGAGAAGACGUCUGGCAUGGAGAAAUCAGAGUGCAGUGUGUUUUCUUUAAGUAACAGCUUUAUCGAGAUUCCACGCACAUAACAUGCAGCUCGCCUGUUCGGUGUGUACGGUUCAGUGGCGCGAUUCCGAUAUGUUCGCAGUGCUGUGCGCCAGCCCCUGCAAUCCGUUCAGAACAUCUCGGGAAGGUGGUGUUCAAAGCUGCCGGGGCAUGGCGGGGGCAGAGGCCAGAUCGAAGAGGCUUGCAGAGACUGCCAGCAGCGCGCGCACCAGUCUGUCGAGGGGUUCAGCUGUCAAGGUGGGGAGCGGGCAGGUCGUUGCUGACUGGUGUGGAAUGGGGGACGGACUCGGGGCCUAGUUUCUGCCUUCCCCAGAGUACAGGCUCUCUGCGCAGAGGAGUGACAGGAGGUGGAAACGGGCACACCGGCAGGCAGGAAGGCAUGUGGGAGUUCACGGAAGUUAUCUUCCAGCUUGUAAGUGUCUUCUUGGUGAAACAUGAAGUGAACUGCUGCAGGUGAGGCUGAGGUGCAGGCGGCUGGAGCUGGGGGGCGUGAGCCAAGUAUCAGGGAGGAGACAGUCACCUGCACGGCAGGGCCAGACUCCGAGCUUGGCCCUCAAGGCCCUGCCCGGGGUGCCCAUCCCCCUGAACAGCCUCUCCACUGCACUGGCCACCUUCCAGGGUUCAGACGACCUCAAGCGCACUUCCAUGUUCUCCCUCUGCCAGGAGCACCGUCCCUGUGCAGAGAAGCCUGGGAAACAACUGAGUGGGCAGGAGCGGAGAGGCAGGCAGCUAGGAGUGCGGUGGAGGUGGAGAGGAGACCCUGGGGUGGAGGAACAGCUCAGAGUCAUUGGCAUGUUCCCUCACGGAGCAAAGUCCCUGCUGUCACCAAGCCUACAGUUGAGUGAGGGGCUCUGCAGCACAUGAAGAAGGCAACAUGUGUCUGAUGGAGAACAUAAAGCAAGUGAGGUGGCCAAGGAGGGAGAGGUGAAAGGAGGCCUCGCCGAGGUGACAUUUGUGCAAGACACUGAAGCCAGCCGUGCUCCUGGAGGAAGCCCGGUGCAGGCGGAGCAAGUGGCGGACAUCAGCCCUGGGGCAGGAUCCCGGGCGCCAGCAAAACGGGCAGUCACGCCAGAUCUGCCGAUGCCAGGGCACAGCCCUGUGUUUGACAUGCAGUACGUCGUGGGUGCAUCCCCCGUGUUGGUGCGGAGAGGCCUCCUUGGAAGUGACCUGUCUGUGACCAGGACUCUCUGCAGCCCAGGCUCCAGCCAGCCAAGAGAGAAGGGAGCCCAGGAGGUGGCCCUGGGGCUGUACCACCGCCUCAUAGCCCUGGGACAGGCCCUGGGGCGUGGCAUUCGGCAGCAGGCAUCCUCCACAGCCAAGACAUGGUGGGACAGAUACGAGGAGUUUGUUGGACUCAGUGAGGUUCGAGAGGCCCAGGGAAAAGUGACCGAGGCAGAGAGAGCAUUCAUGGUGGCUCGAGGGCUUGUCCGAGAGGCGCGAGAGACGUGGGAGGGUCAGCAGGACAAGCUGAAGGAGGUGAGGGACCGCUUGGACCGCAUCUCCAGGGAGGACAGCCAGUACCUGGAACUGGCUACGCAGGAGCACAGGCUGCUACAGGAGGACAAGCGGCUGCGCGUGGCCCACCUGCAUGCCGAGGACUCUGAGCGGGAGAGCUUCUCCCUGCUCUCGGCAGCCGUGCGGGAGAGCCACGAGAAGGAGCGUGCUCGGGCAGAGAGGACCAAGAACUGGUCGCUUGUGGGCUCUGUCCUGGGGGCACUGAUUGGGGUGGCUGGCUCCACCUAUGUGAACCGAGUGCGGCUGCAGGAGCUGAAGGCCGUGCUCCUAGAGGCACAGAAGGGGCCUGCGAGCCUUCAGCAGGCCCUCCGAGACCAGGCCUCCAGCUACUCCCUCCAGCAGAAGGACCUCCACGACCUCAUGGUGGACCUGAGGGGCCUGGUGCAAGCCGGGUCUGAGCAGAGCUCUGGGACCCGGGCAGGUACUCCUGCCACCCGAGACCAAGACGUCCUUUCAGCUGCCUUGAAAGAGCAGCUCAGCCAUUCCAGGCAGGUCCAUUCUUCUCUAGAGGGUUUGAGAGAGCAGCUUCAUGGCCUGGAGAAGACUUUCAGCCAGACGGCCAGGACAAUUCAGCUGGCAGAGGCCUCAGCCCGCCCAGGCCUGGGGCAGCCAGCAGACAGCGCGCUGCCUGGCCCCUUGCUGGAGUCGGGGAGCUUGACCUUGGCGCUGUCAGACAUGGAGCAGAGGCUAGAAGCCCAGGUCCACAGGAGCGCCCUCUGCAGCACGCUGGUCACCGGUGUGGCAUUCGUGGCCACACUGCCCGUGCUCUACCUGCUGUUCAGGACCAGCUAGCCCCUGGGCCCUCCCCCCGAGGUGCCAAGAGGGUCGGCAUGGAUGUGGGUGUAGUUAGAGAACCGCACAAGGAGCGAGCCUUUGAGGGUGAACACAGCCUCGGCCGAAGUCUGAGCACCACCUGGCUCCCUAGCCGACCUGCUUUGCUUUUAGUAAUGCUGGUUUACAUUUUCAAAGCUGUGCUAAUGUCCAAUUAAAAUGCCUUUGAGUCUGUA